AUGUUAUUAAAGCUAAUUAUAUUAGUUUUAAUAGCAGUAUUGAUAUACUUCAUUCUUAAAUUUUCUGUCAAGUCCAUUCUCAGCAGCUAUGCCGAAGUACAAGGACAGAAAGGCAUUUUUUCAUAUGAACAUAUUCAAUUCAAGAAUAAAGGUGUCAACGUCAUUCUAAAAGAUGUUAGUUUAUUCAUAAAUCCAAUCGCCUUCUUCACGAAUCCAAUAUAUUUGCUGUGGUUUGAUGCCAAAUCGAUAGCUGUUGAUGUUUCAUCAAUUGAGUCAUCGCAAACAGACAAACCAGCUGAAAAAGAAGAAAAGGAACCAGAUUAUGUCCAUACAACCCUUCUAACUCUUUUUGGAUAUUCAAUAAUAAAGAGGAUUCAUCUUUCAAUUGAGAAUCUUAUAUUCAGUCUUCAAAUUUUUGACUUAUCGAUUAACGCCCGCGGUCUAGUUCUUGAUUAUUCCAAUUCAGAAGGCUCAAAUCUAAAAUUCAAGUAUCAAAUUGUGACAAUCAAGCAUGAGAAGCUCGGAACAUACUCAUUUGCUGAAGCUGAAUACUCAUUAUAUGUUGCUAACCAUGCAAUUGUCAAAUUAUUUAGCUUUGCCAACUCAAUUUACGCGCUUUCGAUGAAUAUAUCAAACCUAUCGUUUGAGACAAAGGCCAAUACAUUUACGAUCAAUCCAUUUUCCGUUUUCUUCGAACUUUAUCCAGGAAAAUUACAUUUCGACUUUCCGAAGUUCGAGUUGACUUUAGUAGAUAAAAUCCCAGAGGCCUCGGUCACAAUCGAUAAGAUCGACAUUAAUUUCGUAUAUCCAAUCUAUCAUUUCCAUCAUUUCAAUUGCGACAACCUUUAUAGCGAAGUUUUCGGACUUAAGAUCAAAUGCAAGUCAGAAAAACUAUUCACCAUCGACAAGCUUUCAUUCUUGAAGCAGAAUCUUACAUACGGAAGCCCAGUUAUUGUUAUUGAUCAUCUUGAUGUUGAUUACUCAACAUUAGAUGGACUUGAGCUCUUCCAAAUCAUUCCGAAAUUACGUGGCAACAAACCUUACACACCGACAAGGAUUACUUUCGACUUCCCAGACUUAGAUGCGACAAUUUUCUACGUAAACCUCUCAUUCAGACUUACAGACGAGGCUAUUGUCACUGCUUCAUCAUACAACGCCACAUACAAAGAGAAAGUCAUAUCUUUCCCUGACGUAAUUAUGAAUUUAAACGGUGUCAAAACAUUUACAGUGGAAAAGCUCCAGAUUUUAUCAGAAGACAAAACUUUCCUCGAUAUCAAGGCUGACUACUUCUCAUUCCGCGACCAAAACAAGGUAGAUAUCGCUGAAUUCAUUAAUCAUUUCACAUAUAUGAUCUCAGUAUUGAAACCGUACAUUUCUGCUCAUAUAUUUGACAGCGAGACCCUUCCAUUCCCCAUCAGAAUCGCUGUUUCAGAAGCCAAAUUCGCGUUUGAAGAUUGCGAGAUCAAUAAUACACUUUUGAACGUAACAAAGAAGCUCCCUGAGUUCAUGCGCGAUAGCGUUGUCCUUAAAUACAUCUUAGACUUGAAGGUGGAGCAAUGUCCUCUGUCAGAUAUUCAAGCCAAGCUUGCCAAAGAGAAAGUAGGCGAAUUGAUCUUCCACAACUACCGUAAGAUAUGCGAUAACAUGAAGAAGUACGACAAAGUCGCUAUAAAAGGCUCCGAAAUCUUAUUAGAAAUGGAUUCUCGUGGUUUUACAGGAAUGGUCUCUAAAAUCCACGAAUUCGACCCAACAGUCAAAGAGCAUUAUCCAGAUGUAGGCUGGGAAACAUUAGAAGGCUUUAAUUUCAACUUGACAGUUGAAGAUUUCGAUGUUUACUUCGUAGACUUACCUGAAGCCGUCAUAUCGAUGAAGAACUCCCAAAUGAAGGGCCCUGUAGUCUUCGGAGAAGUAGAUGUCCACAGUUUCGUGCCAGUUCCAUUCAAAGUUAACGGCAACGAUUAUUUAGCCCACAAAACUCCGGCCGAUGUAAAAUUAUACUGUGAUGUAUCAAUAAAAUCCGAAUCGUCACGAGUAUUUUGGGGAUUUUCAUUAUCCAAGCUUUAUGAUGACUUUGGCGACUUAAUUGGCCGGACAUUUCCAGAUGGCGUCGAUCCAUCACCAUCAUUGAUGUGGUGGGACAAGAUUCGUUCAAUGUUCCGUGGCAAAUAUUCAUUUGCAUGCAACAAAUUCGUUAUGGAGCUUCUUGGAAGUUCAGAUCCGUAUGAUCUCAAAAAUGUUUUGUCCUGCAACUUCGACAACCUCUUUCUCAAGUUCACCGAGGGCAAGAUCAACCUCUCCACCAGUAACUACACAGCUGUUCGCUGCGCAAAUGGUCCAACAAUCAUUUCAGCUCCAAAAUUUUCAAUGGUUGUCACUUUUGAAUGGACACAACCAAACAAUGACCAGCACAAGCACUUGACAUUCCCUGAUGUCACCAAAUUCGAUGACCCAUCGAACGACACUUACAAAGAUUUUAGAUCCAGCGGUUUUGACAUUGAUUUUGACAUGCAUUUUGAAAAGAGCGAUUUCACUUCAUUUAUUUCUGUGGACUACGCCCAUCUUGAGUGGAACAUUGCUCCCAUCAUGUCAAUGAUCAUCACUCCUCCUUUGGAUGAAACAUACCAAUACAAAUACGGCGUGAAAAGGAAGAAACCCGUGAAAGUCAUGAAACUCAGUCAGUUAAACAGAUCUUUCACUUACAGAUUCAACGUUGAUUCCCUUUCUUUGAGAGUGUUCGACCAUUUCCCUGCCAUGGAAGAUAAAAUGAUAAACGGUACUUCAUUCGAUGUCACGUUUGUCGGACCAAAGUUUUCAUGUCGUACAGAGUUCCCGUACGGAGGAGAAGACUUCUACGAUAUCUCUAUGACGUCUAAUAACAUUUACGUAAAUUUGACAGAUUUGAAAGAUAUUGUAAAGUCAGGUGAAGUGAAGUCAUCAUCAAUAUGUCGAAUUGACAAUUUAAAUGCAGCAUAUGGUGUUAGUUCCAAGAUAUCCGUUGAUGGAAUCAGGAUAUACAUGAACCAACUAAACACUAAAUAUGUUUACGAACUUGUCAAAUCGAUUAUCCACAUCAGAAACAAAAUUGUCAUCGCAGAAGCAGAAAAGAAAGCCAAACAAAAGAUGCAAGAACAAAUUGCACAAGCAUUCCCAGACGAGAAACCUUCUCAACCUAAUUCUCAAGCAGAACAAGGAGAUCUCCUCAAACAUCUCAUGAGAAGAAACUCAAGCCAAAGAAUAGCUACAGUUUUCGGUCAAGAAGGAAAUGAGAAACAAAAAACCGUCAAAACAGAUUUUACAAAGACGUUUUACACUGUUUCCAUUCCACUUAUCGAGAUUGUCGCUGAAUCAAUGCACUACGAGACAUUUUUGUUGAAUAGAAUUGUUGAUUCACAACUCGUCGUCAAAUACACAGAAGACAAUUCAUUGAUGUUGAUUAAUUUCACAAUGAAUGAUUGCCAAUUACUGUCAUAUAUCGGUUUUGGCGUUUCUUCUGAUGACAGACCACAACCGAUUGUUACAAUCAACGCGUGCAAACUGACUUAUUACCAACAAAAGAUGGAGAAAGAUCAGUGGAAUGACAACAUCGUUGAUUGCAAAGUAGAAAGAAUGACAUGCGAAGCAAAUACAAACCAUAUUGCUUCAAUAAAAUACUUGAUUUCCGAAAUAAUGCCUGAAUUCCCUCAAUCAGAAAAAACUCUUGAAAUGGCCGCUGACGAUUAUUUCUCUCUCAAAGCUGAUUUUGAAGUUUCACAGUGCACUUUGUCACUUAAAGAUCAGUUCAAAGUUGACAUGACAUCUGUUGUCAUUUCAAGGAUUUUGGGACAUUUCGUUAACACGUUGAAAGGUAAUUCAGAUAACACAAUUACCUUUGAUAACAUCUUCGCAAAUGAUACUCGCAAAGAAGCGAAAUUUGGCGGAGUUGUUUUAAUGAGAUGGAUGGAUUUGACAAGUGAUGAUUCACCUCACUUGAGAUUACAAAUGAGAAAAGGUCCUCCUGUAGGAGGUGUCACAGUUUAUAACCAUGUCGAAAUGAAUAUUGAUCCAACAGUGUUUAAUUACGAUGCUGAAUUCGUAAACGCAAUAAGACAAAUGUUUGAAGCGAAUAUAAUAGCUCCUGAAACAUCUUUGAUAUCAAAAUAUAUCGAAGAAAGUGACACAAAACUGCCACAAGUUUUGGUAGAAAAAGGAAUUUUGCCGAAGAUCGGUGAUUCAUGGAAGGAUUAUCUCAUGGCUGUCAAGUCUUCCGAACUCAACGUAAUGAUCAAGAGAGCGGAAUCCAACUUCUUAAUGAGAUACUUCAAAGUUACCGAUACAAAAAUGAAUGUGUCCUAUAAAAAUGAAGAGAAUUCAAUUAUCUCAGAAAUUUCUGAAUUCAAUGGUGAAUUACAUGACAUAAUUUACCAGGAUUUGACAACAACUUUCGGUGAUUUGAUCAAUAAGUUCAUACAAACUGUUACUUUGGACAUGAUUCCACAGUUCUUGAAACAUAUGAUUGGAUUAGGAAAGAUUUCUAGAGAUAAAGAAAAUGAUUUACAAUCAUGGCUUAAUAAGGAUGGUUCAUCAAGUGUGUUACAGAAGAAGAAACAACUUAUUUUUGGUAAAUCUAACCAAAAAUAA